AUGGGUCUAAAAGGCUUCCUGCUGUCAGCUGCAUUCGUUGCAUCGCUGCAAGGUGUUCAUGGCUCUAUCUUUGCAGAGUCAACUCCAAAAGUCGCCGCCUACUUGAACGGUGGUGGUCAAGGUCUUGCAACCUUUUGUCAAAAUCCCAACGUUGAUAUCAUCCAACUAGCAUUCGUGGACCAGCUUGACACCGAGCCCCAGUCUACAUCUCUUUCAGGCAUUCAAGGUUGGGAGAUUACACAAUGCCAAACCCAAGGCAAAACAAUCCUAGUAUCUCUCGGAGGAGCAACCUACCAUCAAGCCGAUAAAAACGGCGGCUGGAGCACUCCCGAACUUGCCUCACAAAUGGCCGACAAACUAUGGAACAAAUACGGCCCCGGUUCCAACGGCCAAGGCCCCUUCGGCACCGCAGUGAUCGAUGGAUUCGACUUCGACUUUGAAGUCCCUAUGACCAAUCUCCCCGCCUUUACAAACCGCCUCAUCACGCUCAAAAGCCAACUGACGAAGCCCUUCUACCUGACGGCCGCACCUCAAUGCCAAUGGCCAGACAAGAACCUCCAGACCGUCCUAGACACCAACAUGGGCGCUUUCGAUGCAAUCUUUGUUCAGUUUUACAAUAAUCAAGAGUGCGGUAUUGGCGCUGGCUACCAGCGUCGCUCCCAGGGCCCAUCUGCGCGUCGCUCUGGGCUCCUUGGUAACUUCAAUCUUGCUCAUUGGUUGACAUUGGCUGGUGAGAGCAAUACCGAGACGAACAGUAACUUCAAAGUUGACGCUGUAACGGCCCCCGGGUCAGGCGGCAAGUCAAACAAGCCGAAGAUCUUCGUUGGUGUUCCCGGUGGCACCGCGGGAACUGAGACUCCUAACAGCGGGUAUGUCGAUGUGAAUACCCUGAAGCAGGCUAUUCAGGCUGUGACUUCUACUGGGAGUGCGAACUUUGGUGGUGUUUCGAUUUGGAGUCUUCAGGUUGCUGUUAGUAAUGGGAAUUUCCUUGCGAAUGUGAAGAGUAUGCUGAAUAGUUGGACGUCAUGA